AUGUGUCCAAUGCAAUUUUCACGCCUAGUAAUCUCUUAUGGAUUUAUUGUGUUUGUUCAUGCUAUUCAGCAUGGCACCAACAUACCAUCCACUCCAAAGGAACUCAGUUAUACAAUUAAUGAGGAAGCCGAAGUUGGCUCCUUUAUAGGAAACUUGAAAUUAGAUGCGGAGCGAAAAUUCCUCAUUCCAUACAGCCAGUUAACUCACUUCGAAUUGUACGAUGACUCAAAGCAGAAUUAUUUUCGGAUUGAACCUGACAGUGGAAAGCUAUUUGUUGCGGCUCGCAUUGACCGGGAAACCAUUUGUCCACAGCCUGAACUAUUGUCUGGACGACUUGCUGUACAAGAUCAUCGAAUGUGGGCCCCAACGCUCGGAUCUGAGGAAUACGGUCAGUCCGAUAGUAAAAAAUGUGAACUACACUUAUCUCUGUUUGUGGCUCAAGAAUACUGGAUUAACGUGAUAAUUGCCAUUCACGAUAUCAAUGACAAUCGACCAUAUUUCCCUAUUGGGUCGGGAGAAUCCACAAAACCAAAUGUAUACGUUGUAAGUGUCUCUGAAUCUGUCCAACCUGGACAUGAGGUCCCUCUGAUUGGAGCCCGAGAUUCCGAUUCUGGGAUUAAUGCUGUACAGAGUUACACACUCCGAGGUGACGAACUCAAUCCCGCCUUAUUCGCUGUGUCCUAUUCACCUCCAUUUACACUCAAUUUGAUUGUCCUUGACGAACUUGACGCUGAACGCAAAGCGAAUUACACAGGGGAAAUUGUAGCCUGCGACGGUGGUCAACCCAGUCCAAAAUGUGGUGUCCAACCUUUGCUUAUCCACGUUACAGACGUAAAUGACAACAAGCCGGUAUUCGAAAAACAAGUCUACGAAGUUACGGUCAACGAAACUGUGCUCAAUGGGUCAACUGUGCUUACUGUGCAUGCUAGUGAUGCUGACUCUGGUUCACAUGGCAGCGUACGUUAUCAGAUUGGGCAACCGGUUAGUCAAGUUGUUUUGGAUCAUUUCGGGUUGGACGCAUCCUCAGGAAGAUUGUACACAAAGAAACCCAUCGAUGCCAAAGACACAGCUCUUUUUGUUAUCCCAGUUCUAGCAAAGGAUGGGGGAAAUGUACCUUUAAUCGGACAAAGUGUUGUGCGCAUCAGUGUAACCGACGUAAACGAUCACGCCCCCUGGAUUGAGGUCAGACCAGUGCAGCUUCCUGGAAAGCAGGUCACCAGCGGUGUCAAAUUUUCCGAAGGGGCGAUGUGGGUUUAUGAGAACCAACCAGUUGGGACCAACCUUGGUUUGAUUAUUGUCGGAGACGAAGAUAUUGGUGAUAAUAGUUUGGUUGAAUGCAAACUUCAAGAAAGAGAGUACAGAUUUUACCUUGAACAUGCGAAUUCAGCAAAAGGGAGAGAAAUGUACAGUCUGAGUACCAACCAAUCGUUUGAUCGAGAAUCCCUUCCAGACGGAUCCACAUCCGUUCAGAUCACUUGUUCCGACAAAGGAGAUCCGACACAAAAAACUGAGAAAAGUAUAGCUAUUCAAAUACUUGAUGUAAACGAGUUCAGUCCUGAAUUCCCAGCAGACAGACGUAACUAUAAUAUCCAGAUCGAAGAAGGACAAAAUCCUGGAUCUUUCGUGUUCCAGGCGGAGGCAACCGAUCUGGACGCCACUCCAAUGAUUUAUUAUUAUCUGUCUCGUGAGGCACAAAGUUUAUUCCAUAUCGAUCCACAUUCUGGUCGUGUCACCACGCGUAAACUACUUGACCGGGAAUCUACACCGAAAAUUCGUUUCACCGUGCACGCCACUGAUAAGAACCUUCUGGAAAGCGAUGUCAACUCCACACUCGCGAAUAUCACAAUAACACUUACCGAUAUCAAUGACAAUGAGCCAACGCUGGUGGAAAAUGAAGUGUUAAGAAUUGUAGAAAAUCGUCCAGGCUUUUCAGAUCUUGUCGGACAGUUAAUCGCAAUCGACAAGGAUGCUGGCCUGAACGGCACCGUGCGAUACAAAUUGCUUUCUGUGCUAACCGAAAAUAACAAUCUCGUGAACGAUACGUUCAUGGUAAAUCAGGAAUCUGGGAAGUUAUUCACUUUGCGUAGUCUGGAUAGAGAACAGUGUUCCCAGUAUAGGUUACACGUACUUGCUUACGACUUGGGCACACCGGAAUCAAAAAAUACAACUCAGACAAUUGUAGUUGACGUUUUGGAUGAGAAUGACAACAAACCUGAGUGGAGACCUAUGCUACCCUUGUUACCGGAUGGACAAUAUAGUGCGCAGUCUGCCUAUUCAAAAUACGCAUCUCGUCUUCUGGGUUUGGAUAAGGUUUUCGAACUAGGCCAGCUCAACACUACAGCACCUCUGCAUCGGGGACAGCGCGUUUGCAAGCUAGCAGCUACGGAUGCUGAUUCGGCCCGGAAUGCGAACCUUACUUUCCACUUGGUAACGACUUAUUUUACACCCGAAAUAGAAGGUGACGAUACGCAACGCCUUAUGUAUCAUUCGGGUAAAGCAACAACAAUGCCAAACUAUUUUAUGGUCUCCUCCACAUCCGGUGAACUAAUGAUCGGUGCGGGGUUGAGAGGCGCUGGAUUAUCAGAACCCGGGUUAGCAGAGAUCUACCUGCGCGUUAGUGAUAACGGAAACCCCCCACUGGAGAAGACUGCUCGGCUUUUUGUUCGUAUCUCAGACACAAGUUCCAGUCUAUUCGGAAUGGGCACGUCUGGUAAAGGACUACUUACCUACCUUAUCUCAAACGGGAAUAUCGGUAUAGCCUUGACCAUUGUCCUGAUAUUUGUUAUGUGCCUUACAUCAAUAUGCCUGAUAGUGGCUUUCAGCGCACUACGACAACGUUCACAAGCACCGACUUGUUGUCCAUGUUGCUACAAAACAGACGAUAAAUUCAAUACAACACCACCACCACCGGACCGGUUCAACUACGCGUGCCUUACAUCAAUAUGCCUGAUAGUGGCUUUCAGCGCACUACGACAACGUUCACAAGCACCGACUUGUUGUCCAUGUUGCUACAAAACAGACGAUAAAUUCAAUACAACACCACCACCACCGGACCGGUGUCAACUACGCAUGCAUCCACAACUGAUCACCGAGGACGGACUUAAUUUAGACGGGCAAGUUAGCGUGCUGGGGAAAUUCUAUCAUACUCCGAAAUCGAGUUCUGUAUUUUCCGACAGCGGAAGUCUGUACAAGUGGACACCAGAGGGAACUACCUACACGAUUGGAAAUUUUGGCCCUCCACCAAUCUACAAUUUUUCCGUUCUUAAUGCCACAAUGGAUCGAAUGCACGCGAGCCACACUGGCAGUGACAAAAGUGGGACGGCGCUGCUCUCACAUGAACCAAGUUGCCCCACCAAUCCUUUGUUUGAUGAACACACACCAAGUACUGAAAUAGCGAGUGUACAACGUGCGAUCCACUCUACUGCACAAUGGGAUGGUAAUUUUGAUCAUACGGAAAAGCAAAGUAAUUCAUCUGGAGGGAUGCUUGGUCCGAAGUCGGAGCAUUUUCAGAAUAAGGUAGUCCAUGUGCAUGCUGUAACAAGAGAGGUCGAUGGAGGCAGUGCAGACUCAGGCCAAGGCGCUAGUGAAGAUGAACCGGUUACAGCCGAAGGAUGGAAAGGCACCAUACAGUUCUCUCAGCAACAGCCCUCAAUACAUUUAAACGGCUUCAGUCCAAAUGCUGAGACACACACUGAAAAAUCCUCUACUGUAGGCUCAAGAAAUCCCAGUCGCCCUGUGCUCUGUACAACACAGCCCAACAUUACGACAUUUUUGCACGCAUCAAAAACGAGUGAAGCGGACAAAUCCAUUGAAUCUGAAAACUCGUCGUCACCCACCUGCAUUUUGCCACCGCCUCCGCCUCCCCCGUUGAGCACAUGUCAACCCCGUUGGCAGAAACCCCUAUUUGGGAACGACUUUGGACACCAAAAUCAUCGCUUUGAAGAGUUUCCGCUGAAAGCACCUAGUCGUAUUGCACGACAGUCUGCAACGCUACCGUCAGCUUAUAAAAUGUCACCGCCUACAACGCGACGUGUAGUCAAUUACUCGCCGACGCAAGAACGACCGGUGAAGACAAAACCUUACUCCAUAUUCAGGACGAACCAGAAGGAGGUCAAAGGUUAAACAGCCUGUUUACCAAAAUUCUUCCACUCCAUUUGACGAUGCCCGGUUUUGAGUGACAAUAUCCACUUUGUUUUAUUCCUAUCACAAACAAACACCCUGAAAAACUUUCUAUUUACAUCAGUGAUGCAUUCCAUGACGUACUAGUCCCUGAGCGAUACACAGUCGGACACCGUGGCAACAUUCCAUGUAACGUUUUCAUAUUCGUGAUCUCCAUUUUUCAACUUAUUGCUAAAUUCUCCCUGCCAGCUGCAAACAGCGAUUUUGCACUUAGAGUUUUCGUACAGAUUUGAAGGAGCAUAUGAGCUCCUUCAGGAGGAAGAUUUAUUAUAACGUGUUGAGCCUCCAGGAUUUGUGGAUACUGGUAACUUCUCAGCUAAUUCCUGAAGACAGACCAACACUCCUUCCGACUUGCGGGUAAUUUCGUUUCCUGACCGUCGUCAGUUUCUUACUAUUUGCACUAUUCCUCUUCAGCGUUGGUAUUUACCUUACCACUUAACUUUAUUUGAGGGAAAACUUGUUUUUAAUAAAUUUUCUUUUCAAAAUAGACAGCAC